GCAGCUCAUCACAUGAUUCUGCUCUUGUGACAAUCCAGACAGAGAGAAAGGAAAAGAGUUCAUGAGGCGCUGCGAUGACAUAUUACACUGUUAUAUUAAAGGUACUAAAGGACCAGCUGCGAGGAGGGAAAUGGAGUUAAGUUAACCAUAAACCACACCGACUCGGACCAGUUAAAGUGACGUUUUGGUUAGAAAGAGACAAGUUGAGGACGCAGCACGUCGAGGUGAGAGAUGGUGGACAGCAAACCUCUCCUCCAGGACCGACCGCCCGCCUACACCACCGUCCCGGGGGCUUAUGAGUACGGCCCGCAGCCCGGGCAGCAGCAGCCUCAGCCCGGCUAUGGAGCCAUCCCUCCGCCGGCCCCACCGCCAUACCAGUACCCCGACGGACCAGGAUACCCGUCAGCCCAAAUGAACCCCGCCAUAGCCCAGCAGCCGUACCCUGGGACGUACACCAUCAUACAACCGUCUGUAGUGGUGGUGGGAGGCUGCCCUGCCUGCAGAGUCGGCGUCCUGGAGGAUGACUUCACCUGCCUGGGGAUCCUGUGUGCCAUCUUCUUCUUCCCCCUGGGUCUCCUCUUCUGCUUCGCCCUGCGUCAGAGAAGGUGUCCCAACUGUGGCGCCACCUUCGGCUAGAGGGACCAAACUGCAGCUCAUGCACCUGCUCCCAUGCAUACACACACAACACACACACACACACACACACACACCUUCACACACAUAAUCCAGCAUUUUUGUGUCUUUUAUUUUGUUAUCUUUUCUUAAUAUUGCACAUUGCUGUUGCCAUUACGUUACGUACAACAAAAUGAUCAAGAUGAUAUUACCAUGAGUUAUGAUGUUUUAUUAUUAGAGGCACGUGUAGAAAUCAAUUUUCUCCUGCCAGUUGAGGAUAUAUUCUAGCAUCUGUAAGUGUCCAGCUGUUGUCAGUGCCUUCACUACAUGCUGAGUGAUCAUCAGAGAUUCCAUCAGUCAUGAUUUCUCCCGUAGAUUUCGCUCAGUUAUCCGAGGAUCUGAGCAGAUUCCUUCAUGUUUUUUAAAGCCACAAUUAACUGAGACAUGCUUUUUUUUUUCUUUUUGCUGGCACACUGCAUACAUAUUUUCUGCUUAGUAACAUACUCAACACAGCAUCCAUGUAGAUCACUGAUGUAUUGGCUUCUUUCCAGUAAUGUAAACCUUUUUUAGAAAUGUUUUUGGCUCAGUGUGUCACAGGGAAUAACACAUACAACAUCUUCAAAAGAGAAAAAGAAGACGUGUAAAGAUCCUUGAACUGUCCCGGCUGAACCAGUGGACUUGUCUCCGACAGAAAGCCUGUACCGUUUUGUCUGUUUUUUGUUGAUAUUAUUUCUUGGGGCCAUAUUUGCACUGACAGUUUGUUGAUGAUUAUUCUGCUGGGUUGUGCUUUUCCAGGGCCAAUGCAGACCUCAGGUACAUACAAUCUGAAACGCCCUCGACUUUACAACCUCAAUCACUGUUUGACUUCGGACUUGCUUCGAGAGGACUCUUCUCGCGUCAAAGCGCAGACUCCUCCUUUUAACGUGUGGAGUUUCACUUCAAGGAAGCAUGCCGAGAGCAAAAAACAAAACGCUGAAGAAAUCUCUCAAUAACGUGUAUAAUCUCUGGAUUUUCUUAUCUUAGUACUCUGUGACAAGUCACCCUGCCCCAUUCCUCCCAAGCAGACAAUCAAUGGAGAAUGUCUAUGUCCCUGUAUCUGCAGUAUCUCCGUGUCUACGUCUUCCAUCGCAGCAAGAUGUUAUAUAACUGUCCAUGGCAGAAGAAAAAGAGAAAGAGAGAGAACUGGGUGGGAGUUAUUUAAAAAAAAAAAUCUUCUUGCUUUAGAAAACACACUACGCACGCUCUUAUGAUUGAGGUUCUUACUUUUUAUAUAUGAGUUACUGUAAUUAAAAAAAGAAUGCUACUUAUGUUACUUGCUUGAUUUGAUUU